AUGAAGAAUAUAGUGUUGGAAACCUACAGUGGAAAGGCUGAUCCCAAGAAGCACCUGCUGUAUUUCAACACGAAGAUGGUGAUCAGCGCCGCUUCUGAUGCGGUCAAGUGUAAGAUGUUUCCAGCCACAUUCAAAGGCACAACAAUGGCGUGGUUCACGACUCUACCACGAGGAUCCAUCACGAACUUUCGUGACUUCUCAUCCAAAUUCCUUGUCCAGUUCUCGGCGAGCAAAACUAAGCAGGUGACGAUUGAAGAUUUGUACAAUGUGCGUCAAUCUGAGGGCGAGACUUUGAAGCAGUACGUGAAGCGGUUCAGCGCUGCGUUAGUAAAGAUAGAGGAAUCCGAGCCAAAUGCCUGUGCCCGCGCCUUUAAAAAUGGAUUGCAGCCAGGAAAGCUAAAUAGUAAAUAG